GGCCGGGGCCGGGGCCGGGCGCCCACCGCCGCUCCCCCCCCGCCCCAUGGCUCUGCCCGGGGCGCCGGGAGCCGCCCGCCCCCCUCCGCCCCCCCCCCGGAGCCCAGGGGGCGGCCGGCCCUGAACCGGCACCGCCGCCGCCGCCGAGGGAAGGUGGCCCCAGGACCCCACGCAGAAACCCUGAGGGAGAAGGAAGAGGAGGAAGAGGAGGAGGAGGAGGAGGGGGAGGAAGGAAGACAAAAAUAAUAUUAAUAAUAAUAAUAAUAAAAAAAGGAGGAGGAAGAGCUUGGACCGGAGCCAGGAGUGGGGAAAGGGCAAUCUGGACCCGGCUGCCCUCUCACCGCCGUGCCGGAGGGGACCCUGGGGACACGCGGACCCGGCCCGGAGCCCCCCCCCCCCCACCGCCCUACCGAGGAGCCAGCGAGGGGGUCAGCAUCGCUCCUGGGGGGGCACCCAGCCCCGCAUCGCCCUCCCCGGUCCCGGCGAGCAGGAAAAGCGCCAGCCGCUGGAUUUUCGCUUCCUGGGACAUCCAAGGGACUCUUCCUCCUCCUCCAUGGUCCCCCCGUGCCUCCCCGGGGCCGCUGGCUGAGCCCCCCCGGCCCCCCGCCCGGCCCCGCAUGCUGCGCCCCGAGCGUGGAGCAGCCCCCGGCAGCCCCGGCGCUCCCCGCCGCGGCCCGGAGCCCCCCAAAAACAGCCUCGGUGGCGGGGCGGGGAGGCGAACGGGGACUCCUUCGGGGCGUUAAGAUGGUGAAAGCUCCCCGGCCGAGAGGGGCUGCGCGGACGCCAGGCCACCGGGUUAGGGGGGAGCAGGAUGGACAGAGCCCUCGGGGCCGGGAGCCGAGGCCGCUAGGGAAGGAUGGACUCGCCGAGCUGCCGGGACAGGCAGCCCAGUGACCCCCCCGGCAGCAGCAGCAGCAGCAGCAACUGUAGCAGCGGCAAAAGCGAGGGCGAGAGGGAGAGGAUCCGCAGCCGGAUGAAAAUGGUCAUCGGGCAGCUGGAAGGCAUCUUGCAGGAGCUCAAGGAGGUCGCCAAGGAGCUCCGGGAGGUGGUGAGCCAGAUCGACCGUCUGACGUCCGACUUCGAGUUCGAGCUGGAGCCCGACGACUGGACGACGGCGACGGCCAGCAGCACCUCCAGCAGCGAGAAAGGGGGCGCCGCCUUCGAGCUGGGACCCCUCGACUUCGCCGCCGCCGACAUCCUCUCCGACAGCUGGGAGUUCUGCUCCUUCCUCGACGCCUCCACCCCCUCCGACCAAGGGGACGGGCCCGAGCCCCCCCGGCCGCAGCAGCCGCCGCCGCCGUGCCGCCAGCCCGACUACCGGCUGAUGAACGGCGGCGUCCCCAUCGCCAACGGGCCCCGGGGGGGGACCCCGGACUCCUCCAGCGAGGAGGCGUUCGGUGCCCACCACAGGGGUCCCCAGCAGCGGCCGGCCGGCACGCGGGAGCGGGUCCGCUUCAGUGACAAGGUGCUGUACCACGCGCUGUGCUGCGACGACGACGAUGACGACGACGGGGACGGCGCCGACGAAGGCUCCCCGGGCGAGGAUUGCGGCGAGGAGCCUGGCCGCAAGGCCACCUCGAAGCAUCCCCCUGGGGGUGGCGGCGGGGGGCUGGCGGCGGCCCGGCGGCCGACGAGGAACAGCAGCACGCAGACUGUGGCCUGACAAAAGCACCCAGACGGUGCUGCCCUACAUCAGGCAGAAAAGCAAAAGGAAAAACUGACGCCGGCUCCCGAGCGGGUUGGGGGCG